ACCCCUCCCCACCCCCCAACCCCUCCCCUCCCCCGUCUCUGUUGCGGGACACCCGCCACCCAUGGAGGGCACAGACAUGGACGUGGACGCGGAGCUCAUGCAGAAGUUCAGCUGUAUGGGCACCACGGACAAGGACGUCCUCAUCUCGGAGUUUCAGAGGCUGCUGGGCUUCCAGCUCAACCCGGCCGGCUGCGCCUUCUUCCUGGACAUGACCAACUGGAACCUGCAGGCUGCUAUCGGUGCAUAUUAUGACUUUGAAAGUCCCAACGUCAACACGCCAUCCAUGUCCUUCGUUGAAGAUGUGACAAUUGGGGAAGGAGAGUCAGUUCCUCCAGAUACGCCGUUCACGAAGACCUGGAGAAUACAAAACACAGGUGCUGAGUUGUGGCCACCUGGGGUUUGUCUCAAGUACAUUGGGGGGGAUCAGUUUGGGCAUGUAAACACGGUAGUGGUUAAAUCACUAGACCCCCAGGAGAUAUCAGAUGUGAGUGUGCAGAUGAGAAGUCCCACAAAUCCAGGCAUGUACCAGGGCCAGUGGAGGAUGUGUACAGCGACCGGAUUAUUCUACGGAGACGUAAUCUGGGUGAUUCUGAGCGUAGAAGUUGGAGGUCUCCUCGGCGUGACCCAGCAGCUGUCCUCUUUCGAGACGGAAUUCAACACCCAACCCCAGCGCAACGUGCAGGAAGACUUCAACCCGUUCGCCUCGCCGCAGAAAAACAAGCACGACGCCACUGACGACAGCUUCAGAGAUCCUGGCGGGGCGUGGGAGCGCACGCAGGAGCCAAUCCAGCAAGAUCAAAAUGGACUGUCUCAUAAUGCUGUAAAUAGAGCGUCGAAUGGUCUCCAAACCAAUCUUUCUGUGGUGACUUAUGGUCAGGGUAUUCACGGGCCCUAUCCAUUUGGACAGAGCUAGAACGACAAAGAUCCCCCCCUCCCACGGUGGAUGACGAGCUGAACACCCUGGGAGUCCUUAAAUACAGAGGAGUCGGAGGGGGGAGGAACUGUUGUUUUAUAUUGACUCAUGCCAACCCUCUCCCUGACCUCAUGGCCCCUUUCCACAGAAACACAAACUACAGUGGGGUGAUGGAUUACAUCCGCUACAGUGACACGCCCCACCUGACAUCAAAACACCCGGACUCGCAUGUGUGAACGCUUCAUUAAAGAGUUAAAAAUAGAUACACGCAACUAUUUUUUAUUUCCACUGUAAGACACGUCUCGUUCAUGGGAAUAUCCACUCUAAACUAUCCGCACAUCAUUUAGUUCUCUUCAGGGUUCAAACACAAGACGGGAAAUGUUUCCAGAAUUGCAAAGAAUUUUUUAAAAUUAUUUUUCCCCCCCAGCCUUGUUAAAAAUAAAGACAUAAAAGAACUUCCACUUUUACAAGGAGAGAUAGUACCUCUUAUUCACCACAUUAAUGAAAAGCCUUACACCAGUUCCACUGAUAAAUAACUGUCGAGGAGUAUUAUACCAGACUGUUGGUCACAGACAGUUAAUGAAGCAUUGCCUAUCACAAAUUACUAAUACUAAACCACAACGUUUCUAUAGUCCCUGGAUAAAUGUAGAUGGUCAAGUUUUCACUAUGCAAGCUUUCACAUAGCAGUACCACUAAAGCUGUACAAUAAUCGAAGCAUAACGUUGGAGAACUAUCAAUUCAAUUUGAGUUUAAUCGCCUUAAAAGCCUGACUUUGUCUGGUGUGAAUCAUCUUUACUCGUUUAGUUCAACAUUUAGUUAUAAUAAAGCUGAGAAGGUCGUUUAGGUCUGUGGAAUUAAAACUUACAGGUUGAGCAGAAAUAACUCCAGAUAAAGUUUGAAAUUGAGCUCUUAUAGGAUUUCUUGUAGACACUGCCGUGCACAGAUCUGUUAGUAUUUUCUUUAUUAAACAUCCUUUGGUUGAUAUUUCUUUGAAGGCAACAGCUGUGUUCAACCUGAAAAUGUCAUUACAGAACUUAUGAUUGACUUUCACACAUUUAUUUCAAUGCAGAUUCUUCACAUUUAUAGCUGAGAUAACAAGAAGUCACAAAGUUUACAGUUUAUUUUUUUACAUUUACAUCUCAAAAGGUAGAACAUACAUAAAUAAAACUAGAUUAACACAAUUUAGAUCGUCUUUAUCCCAUUUCUCCGACCUCACUACAGAAAUCCUGUGUUUACUGCAAUUAAACAUUAAACUUAACAUCACACAUUUAGAAGUCCACCAUCUGUGUGCUUCAAGAAAAAAGAGUAGACCUGUAUCAUGUUUGAUGAACGUACUAGUGCCAUUAACACAACAUACAGAACACAACAUGUUCUGAUGUAAAGAUUUUAAAAAGGAUUAGAGUAAAAAAUCCCCUCUCCCAUUUUCAAAGAGAAUAUGGCCCUUGUCUCCCUGUGUAGGAUCCCUGUCACUCCUAAGAGAACAAAGAGACACUAAUCUGCUCUGUCAUCAGGCAUCGCUGUCUGAAAAUUACCCUUCCUGACAGCUCUGGAGAUUUCUUUUUUUCAACGUGUUUUAGGGUGGAUUUCCCUUUAAUCAGACGCUGAAGGGGAUGUGAGUGAAUGUGAGAGAGUGCGGCUGGAGGACGGGUUGAAAAAAAAAAAAAGCCAUUCAAAUCUAUUUUUGCCUGAUGAGUGACUGUAGUCUGAGUCCAUGUCAAUUGUAUGUGUCCGACUAUAUAUAUAUAUAUAUAUAUAUGUGUAUGCCAGGGAAUGUGUGGGUGCAUGUGUUAUGGUUUCUCUUUGAAUUUACUGACAUGAUAAUAGUGUAUACUACUUGGGCAAAGGAUGACGUGUCUUUUCUUCACAGACACACCUACAUUUAGAGAGAUUUACCGGGCGUGUACCUCUGAAGUAUUGUUGAGUGAUUCAGCAGCGUUUGGAUGAACUGACUCACUAUUUGCCCUUUUUUGUUAUUUAUUUUUUUUGCCGUUUUAAUCUUGCACCGCAGUCACAUCAAAUCUCGUUUAAAACCAGCAGGUGGUGCUAAAAAAAUCAGAAGACCAACCUUAAACUAGAUUUCCACAUCACGCUGAGUGCUUUGCAAGGACAAGUUGUAGUAGUUUGUUUUUUAGUUUGAGUAUGAAAAUGAAUGGUUCACAUCAGGAUUAGCCCUGAUGGUAUGUUACUGCUAUUUGCACAAAUCUAUUCAUCACUUCUAAUAAGGAAACAUGUUUUUUUUUUGUUUUUGUUUUUUUUGCUUUUAUUGGUUUGUAAUACCAGCAUUUCCUGGAAGAUUUUAUUGUGUUUUAUUUUUACUUGCUCCUCUCCCCUAAAGACCUCUCAGCUUUAAAGUUUAAUUUUCAUGGUUCUUUAACGUUAGUUGAAUCCAUGCAGCGUUGUCUGACUGAUUCAUGCUAAAGUUGAUCACACGUGUAGGAUUUGUACAUCAGCGGACUUUCUACUAUCACACCUGAAUUUAAACCUCAGCUUUGCCUUGUUCAUAAUGUUGGAAGUUAUUUCAUGUAUUUUUGGGAUUAAAAAUAAAAAAAAUGGGGAUGUUGUUAACGGGACUCCAUGAUAGUGUUUUUGAUCUUUCUUCAAUGAGGGUGAAAAUGUGUUUUAUAAAUGUGUCGUCUUUUAAUCAAACUUUCUCUUGAGUGCUAAGGAUGAACCUCUGAAUGUUGUUUCUUGACGUUUAGACUUCGUUGUGGUUUGUACAAUUCACCAGCAUUCUGCGUUUCUGUGUUUGCUUUGAGAGUCUGCUGAAAGUCCUCCUCCCAAACAGUAUACACUGUUCUGCUUUGCUUCUCUGAGUCACGUCAGGGGUUGUGUGUGUGUGUGUGCGUGUAUGAGGCAUGUGAGUAUUGCUGGAUUCAUUCUCUAGGUCGAGUGUGCGACUGUGUGGGUUUGAGACAGGUUGCAUGGUGAGUGGAUGAGAUGAAAGUUUACAUAGUCCUGAAAUAGCACAUUUAUCUGAAGAGAAGCAGUCAAAAUAAAGCCCCCCCCCCCUUCCCUUGUAUCUAUAAGUACGCAUUUGUAUGAUUAAAUUAACACUGAAACAAGGACUACA